GGAUUUUCGAAGAAUAAUAUCUGAUAAAUUGCAAAAAUGGUUCUUUCGAUGGAAAGAUGGGUGGGUAAAGUGGCUGUUGUGACGGGAGCAAGUGCAGGAAUCGGUGCAGAAAUAGCGAAACAGUUAGUAGAAAACGGCUUGAUAGUGGUCGGAAUCGCAAGAAGGAAGGAGAAAGUCGAGAAUUUAGCUAAAACAUUGAGCGACAAAAAAGGCAAAUUGGUCGCAUUCAAAGCGGAUAUUUCGAAAACCGAAGAAAUAGAAGCGGCUUUCGCUUGGAUCGCGCAAAACGUGGGACCUGUCGCGAUUCUAAUCAACAACGCCGGCAUCCAUUUCAGGGAUUCCUUGAUAGAUGGAAACGUGGAAGCCUGGAGGAAAACCAUCGACGUGAAUUUAUUGGCUACGUGCGUGGCAUCGAAAGAGGCCGUUGCAAUCAUGAGAAAGAACAACAUCGACGGCCACAUUGUCAACAUAAACAGCAUUUUAGGCCACUAUAUUUAUGAUUUAGCGAAUUUAGACGUAUACCCAGCCACGAAGUACGCCGUCACGGCUUUCACCGAGACCCUAAGACUCGAAAUAAACAGUUUGAAAUUGAGAAUCAAAGUGACGAGCGUUAGUCCAGGUUGCGUUGAUACCGAAAUAUUCAAUAAUAUGGAUAGAAAAAUCUACGAAGAAAUAAAAAAAUGUAUGUUAAAGCCUGAGGAUAUUGCUGACGGUGUUAUUUAUGCGCUUUCAACUCCACCUCAUGUAUUGGUCAAAGAAGUAACAAUUAAACCUGUAGGAGAACCGUUUUAAAUUCGCGCAGCGUUGAAUAAUUUAGUUAUAUUUUCGUGAAUUUUAUUGAAAUAAAAGUAUUGCAUCGAC